AUGCGUGAGUACAAGAUUGUCGUGCUCGGCUCCGGCGGUGUCGGAAAAUCGGCGUUGACGGUCCAAUUUGUUCAAGGGAUUUUCGUUGAGAAGUACGAUCCGACGAUUGAGGACAGCUAUAGGAAGCAAGUCGAAGUUGAUGGACAACAAUGUAUGCUUGAGAUUCUCGACACGGCUGGAACUGAGCAAUUCACAGCGAUGCGCGAUUUGUACAUGAAAAAUGGGCAAGGUUUUGUGCUCGUCUACUCGAUCACCGCCCAGUCGACAUUCAAUGAUUUGAUGGAUCUCAGAGAUCAAAUUUUGCGCGUCAAAGACGCCGAUGAGGUGCCAAUGAUUCUCGUUGGAAACAAGUGCGAUUUGGAGGACGAGCGAGUCGUCGGCAAAGAUCAGGGACAGAAUCUGGCGAGGCAAUUCGGCUCGGCGUUUCUCGAGACGUCGGCGAAGGCGAAAAUCAAUGUUAGCGAGGUAUUCUACGAUUUGGUGCGUCAGAUCAAUCGCCGCUAUCCGGAAUCGGGCCGUCGUGCGGGCCACUCGAACAAGCAGUGUUGCUCUUGCAUCAUAAUGCGCAUCAGCCCCAAGAGUUUGGAAGUGAACAUGCCGAAAUUGGUGUUUGCCGCGAUUUUUGCGAUUCUCAUCAUUGCGUCGGAAUGCCUAGAUUAUAAGGUGCCCACUGAUCCGGCGACACAGUUGAAGUUGAAGAAGCGCGGUCAGCGGUGUAUGGCGCGAAUUUUGCCGAAGACGCCGACGGCGAAAGGAUUGCAAACGCAAUUGGCGAAUUGCUUCAAAGUCGACUGCGCGAUGGCGAUCAUUCCACAAGUCGAGCGCGGCUUCCCGCGCGAGUUUCCCGUCUUGAAAAAAUGCAUGGGCUACUAG